ACAUUUUGUGACAGCUAAAUAUUUUUGUUUAUAAUCUCGCUCGAAUCGUUCCUUGGACCAAACUUUUUGAGCUUCUUACGCGUAAGUGAGCUCUUACAUUGUCCAGCCGGUAGACAAUGGGUGAAAUGAACCCGAAAUUCGAUACAACGUCGUCAGUUCAACCGCCCCCACGAAGUGAUUCCUUUUCUAUGUCGGAUUAUUAUUCGGACAAUGACAAUGGCAAUGGCAUCGACUACAAGGAGGAGGCAAAAAUAUCUCAAUAUCGCAGAGCAAUACAGUUAAUUGAUCGGAAAUGUGAACUUUUAUCCAGAAACAAUGAAAAGCUGAUUCGAAGGAUCCACUUUGUGAAGAGCAUCAGCAAACGAAAGGAAAAGGAUAUUCUUCUGCUGAAAGCUCGACUGGACGAAUACAAUGAUGAAUGGCGCACAGCAGAUACAACCGAUACGGCGAGCAAUAAUUUCCCCUCAUUGAUUCGUGCAUCCGGCCAAAACAAGUCGAAAAAGUACACUCCCCGCAAGUACAAGAAAAACACUGACAAUGCAAACAGCUCGAAAAAUGAUGGAGUCACAACGAAUGGUUCGGCAAAGGAUAAAGAGUCGAAGCCUCGUAAGCGCCAGAAAUCGUCGAAAGAGCCAAACGCAAAACGAGCAUCGAAUCAACAAUUUAUUCCAUUGAGCGUGAAUCAACAGCAACAAUGAUCUGGAGCUGAUACAUCUACUCGAAAUGAAUGAAAUAAAGUGACGUGAAGGGGGAAUCAGAAGA